AUGCACAAAAUACCAAACUUUUUUCGUAAGCCUAAGACACAAGAAGGUGACUCUGUAGUUUCCCCGACUGAACAAAUUUUGACCCCCGAAGAAUUAGAAAAACUAAAAAAUAAGAUUAAAACAGAAAUAUCAACAGCAGAAAUCAGAAUCCAAUACCUGUUAAACAGAACCACCCGACCAAAAGAAAGAGACCCGGAAGAAAUAGAAACGCUAGAGAACGACAUAAAAAGUUUAAAAGCCAAAUACGCAGAAUUGAUAGACCCAACAGUUACCAUAUAUAAAAGAAAGAAGAAAGUAGUUGAACAAUCUGACCGAGCAAGCUCACAGGGCCCAGACAAGCCCAAUCCACCUAAAGUUGCCCCAGCAAAAUCACCGGUAGUAACCUUGUUCGAUUCAAUCGACGAAAUUGAAGAAGGAGCAACAGCCCUUCCAACUCAGGUGAAGCAACGAACGACAGAGUGCGCAAAGUGUCACGCCCCUAUCCUACUGUCGAUAACAACUGACAAAGAACAGUGUAGGCAGUGUAACACACACAAAGACACACGCAACGAGGAAGAGCAGAAACAGAACACCAGCCAACCCCUGAAGGAAAACCAGCCAAAAGAAAAUAUAAGACGAGUCGACCCAAAAGAAGAAGUACCACUGCAACCUCCCAGACGUGUACACCUACCACCCACGCAGCACCUAGCCCAACCUCAUCAGCAAGUAGCAAGAAUUGAAGCACAAGCCCCCACACUUGGAAACAUUUUCGACGACGACGACGACGACGAAAUGGCCCUAACAAACGCAGCCGUAACUGCUUGGCAAGAAGCAGUAGAUAGGCAAGCUGAAAUUCUAGAAAACGGACUAGUAUUCAUAAAUGCACAGAACGUAAAGAAAGAAAUACCAGCUUUCACCGGAGAAAUUGAAAGCAAAACGGCAAUCGAAGAAUGGUUUAAAAUAGCCGAACGCAUAGCAACACACGCAGCUUGGACAGACGAGCAAAAGCUACGUUUUUUCCAAGAACGAAUGAAAAAAUCAGCCGCAAACUUCAACGACUCACUAACAGCAGCCGAAAAAGCUACUUAUGCAGUAUGGAAACAGGCACUACUAGACGGCCUAACAGAUAAUACAACAAAAGCAAGGAAAAAGGAACAACUGAAGACCCUCAAACAAAAAGAAACAGAACGAGUCAGAGAUUUUAAAAUCAGAAUCGACGACACCUACAGAAUUGCAUACGGCGUAAACGCAGCAACAAGUCGUCAUGCAGACGUAGUAGCACUGCGUAAUGAAACAUUGAAAGACGUAUUGCUUAACGGACUAAAACCACAAAAAGCAGAUCUAGUCUGGAAUAGGCCCAAUUUGAACGACAAAACAUAUCCAGAAACUGUAGAAUCUGCCGAAGAAUGUGAAAAAGUUGUUGAAAUGAAAAAAAUAACGGAAAAUAAUGACUUGUCCACUGCCAUCAUGUUAGCAGCAAAGGAAAGUAAGGAAAUGUCGGAAGAAGUCAACAACUUGAAACUACUACUUCAGAAGUUGGAGAGUAUGUCAGUCAAUCAACAGAAAGCCGAAAACUAA